UUGUCAGUCAUUUUACGUGAUUCCACUUGUCAUAUUCAUACGAGAGUAAUAGCAUGGGAUGAUGUGAACCUGAAUUUUUUGUUGUUAUUCUCCACCUCCAGUAACUUAUCUCUAAGUUCCAGAAUUUAGAGUUCUGCGAGAUAUACAGUUUCUGAAUGCAGUCCCGUGUAUUUACUUAUGUAAACCCUGUAGUUUCUAAAGUCAGAAUGGUCGCCAUUGGUUCAAGAGUAUCUGUGUUUUGAAUGUUGUAUCUGAUGUCAAAAAAACAUACUGAGGAAUAUCUGAAUUAGCUUGCUAUUUAAAUACUGACGUUAGUAUUUACAAAGCGCUAGUGUUAAUUCUAACAAUAGUUAAAUAAAAAGUACAUGCUGAUAUUAUUGUGAUUUAUGUUUGAAGAUAAAAAAUUAUGUGAAAAGCUUGUUCAACCUGAUUCCCACUGAACUUUCGUACAGUGUUAACAACGUCAGUGCUUCUGAGAUGUCUGAGCUACUGUAUUUUGCUUUAGACAGAGAUGAAGACUUUAGGAGUGACACACCAGUUCUACUAAAUUUCUUAAAUACUUAGAAAUUUACAAUAAAUGGAGAGUGUCGUCUCCUAUCAUUACUUGUGUUUGUAAAUAUUCAGGAUAAUGAAUUUUAUAAAAGUGACAGGAUUCAUCCAAAGAACUAUUUGGAAACAGUGCAUACUCUGUGUAAAAAACACUUCUAACCAUCAAGAUUUGUGUGAGCGUAGAUCUUACGGUGUUAUAAUAUGAGCAUUGUUAUCCAUAUUGGUACUGCCGUGCACCACUUGUCAACAUCGGGGGCUGCGACUACCGCUCCUGCACGUAUUCGAAAAACGGAGACAAUCCAGGAAAUGGGACCAGGUGUAGAGCAAAAGACGGCAGAUGUUUCCAUUUCUUCUGAAGUGCGUGCUACAACUGUUGUGACGUUACCACUUUCAGUUGCCACAGUAACAGCUCAAGAGAGAAAACCCUAUGCUCACACACCACACCCAGGGUAUAUGUAUCCAGGCUGCUUUGGUCUACCCUAUCAAGAUCACAAUUACGGAGCACCUCCACCACCCUCACCUCCUGUGUCUCCAAUACCCAAAGUAAAUGUAUCUAUCGAUGAGGACACCAACUUUUCAGUUACGUCCGUCACAUCAACUAAUAAUUAUGACAAAGUUCAAGAUGAAACCAUAACAAGAUGUAUUUGUGGGUUUAAUCAUGAUGAUGAAUACAUGAUUUGCUGUGACAAGUGCUGUGUGUGGCAACAUGUGGACUGUAUGGGACUUGAUAGAUCAAACAUCCCUGAUACGUACCUGUGUGAGAAAUGUGAGCCACGCAAGGUAAACAAACAAAAAGCUAAAGCUCUACAAGCUCGGAAGAAAGAACAGAUGUCUG